CAGACAUCAACCACAAACUUUUAGAGAGAGAGAGUGAGAGUGAGUGAGUUGUGAAGCUUAUGGCCUUGAGAGCUUCAUCCUCCGCGCCCUUGCCUUCUACUCUGACUUCGCUCUCCCCGCCACCCAAAUCAACUCUUUUUCCGUCUAAAUUCAACACAUCUUCAAGGUCGCAUGAAUUGACCCUACCCAAUUCCUUAUCACUCUCUGCAACUGCUAUUCCGCCUCUCUUUCUUCUCUUACCAACUCCUCAUGAAGCCAGAGCUCAGGUUCUUGCUAAAGACCAGAUUGUUUCUACUCUAACUCAGGUCGAGUCAACAAUCGAUGGAAUCCAAGAGUUGGGAUCAAUUUUUUUCAGUAGUGCAGGUCAGGUGGUUGGGGCUGUGACAAAGGCUGUGAAGCCGGGUUUUGACGUGGCUUUGCCUAUCUUAGAGGGAGCUGGAAAGCAGGCUGUGAAGAUCGCUUCUCCACUGCUUUCAGAUGCUUCCAAUAAAGCACAGGAAGCCAUUCAGAGUACUGGAAUCGACACUCAACCGAUGAUGAAUGCAGCUAAGGCAUACUCCAAAAUGCGUUAAUUUCUAGCAUUAGAGCAUCUCCAAUGUAGCUUUUGACAUUAUAAAAAAUCGUCCAUAUCUUCAAAAGAAGUGUUUUACUAAUUUAUUCUCCAAUAUAACUUGUCAUGAGCUCUUUCACGAUGAGGUGGAUGACAUUUAAUGUUGACAAUGUUGAGCACACUUUAUAAUAUCUAACAUCAUGUUAAACAUGAAUGAUGACUCAUCAAUUCCCUUUAUAUUUGGUUUUAUUUUUUAUUAUUCUUGUAUCAAUGAAUUAUUUUAAUUGGUCCACCUAUACAAAUAGUUUAGGUGAUUUAAGAAUAGGUAGGCAUAGUUAAUGUUUAUGUUGUCCCAACAAACAUUUUACUUUGAUAUAGGAAGUUAAGAAAUCUUUUUUAUGCCCUUAUUUAGUUUAAGUGGUUAUCUACAGCAUAAAACCAUGAAAAUGGAAUAAUUACCAACUUACAAAGGAUUAUUAGGGAAAUCAUAUUUAAAGUUUUAUGUUUUCUUGAACCAUGUAAAAAACUUAAUAAGCUUAGUCUAAUUGUUAUAAUCUUCGGUCACUUUAUUACAUAUGAUGAUUUUUCCGCAGACGGUUGUUGACGCUGCUCAGCGAACAGCAAAGUUAAUUGAGGAGGCAAAGCCCAUAGCCGUUUCCACUGUUGAAACCAUCUCAUCGGCAGAGCCUACUUUAAUUUUGGGUGGAUUAGUUGUUGGAUACUUUUUACUUCCUCCUGUCUUUUCUACAUUAUCCUUCAGCCUUCGGGGUUACCAGGGUGACUUGUCUCCUGCUCAAGCCUUGGAUCUGAUGUCCAAAAAGAACUAUAUUAUGGUUGAUAUAAGAUCAGAGAAGGAUAAAGGCAAGGCUGGUAUUCCGCGCUUUCCUCCAAGUGCCAAGAACAAGUUGAUAUCUGUUCCUUUAGAAGAGUUACCAAGCAAGCUCCAAAGUCUUGUAAGAAGUGCCAAGAAAGUUGAAGCUGAAAUGGUGGCACUUAAGAUAUCAUACCUAAAGAAGAUCAAUAAAGGUUCCAACAUUGUAAUAUUGGACUCGUAA